AUGGCUACAACUAAGCUUUUUUUAUUACUAUUUAUAGCAAUGCCCAUCAUCAUACACAGUGUUAAUACAGAUUGUGACCUAAAGGUAGGGUUCUAUGCAGCAUCAUGUCCUCAAGCUGAAGUCAUCACAUCGAAGAUCAUCAAUGAAGUUAUAGCCAUUGCACCUUCUCUUUCGGGCCCUUUGCUAAGGAUGUUCUUUCAUGAUUGCUUUGUGAGGGGUUGUGAUGCUUCCAUUCUUGUUGAUUCCCCAAUAAAGCAAGCUGAAAAAGAUGCAGCUCCAAAUCAAAGCUUAAGAGGAUUCCAAAUAAUUGAAAAAGUGAAGACAGCGUUAGAGCAAGCAUGUCCUGGAGUUGUUUCAUGUGCGGAUAUAUUGGCCUUAGUUGCUAGAGAUGUUGUGGCACAGGUGGGUGGACCAAGUUGGGAAGUUGAAACUGGAAGAAGAGAUGGCAUGAUAUCAAUCCUAAAUGAGGCUUUAACUAGUCUUCCACCACCAUCAUCAAACAUAAACUCUCUUAAAGCAACUUUUCAACAAAAAGGACUUAGUCCUAAAGACCUCGUUGUCCUUUCAGCUGGACAUACAAUUGGAAUAUCACAUUGUUCAUCUUUCAUAAAUCGCCUAUAUAAUUUCACCGGAAAUGAAAACACAUCCGAUCCCACUCUAGAUUCGGAGUACAUGGAAAGAUUAAAAUUAAAGUGCCAACAAAAUACUCCAAAUAAUAAUGUAUUUGUAGAAAUGGAUCCUGGGAGUUUUAGAACAUUUGACGAACACUAUUAUGAGCUUGUUUCCAAAAGAAGAGGAUUAUUUCAAUCAGAUGCUGCUUUACUCGAUGAUCCUCAGACCAAAGCUUAUGUCGACAACCAUAGAUAUGGCAAUCGAGAAGACUUCUUUCGAGACUUCGGAUUGUCGAUGGUGAAGAUGGGUAGAACUCAAGUUCUUACUGGUAAUCUUGGUCAAAUUAGGGCAGUUUGCUCCACAGUGAAUCUACUUUAACUUUGGAUUGUUGUCAGAAUUAUGAGUUGAUUUAGUGAUUCAAAUUUUUUUUUUUUUUUUUUUCAUAUUUGGUGAUAUGGCUUUGAUUCUCAACUUCAGAAAGAU